AUGAAUGAAUCAAAUAAAACAUACACUUAUAUUCAUUCAUCAUUAUAUAGCAUGUCCAACCCUACAUUCAUUCAAAAACGGAUCAAUGCAUUGCAUGAGAUCGAUUGUAAAGUAGUCUCUUUGUUGGACUCGAUGUCUACUUUACUUCAGACUUAUACGUUACCCAAGACUGAUGAUGUCAAUUCCAAGAUUAAAGAACAAUUCACAGUACAGACCAAUGAUAUCUACGGGAUUAUCAGUACUGUAGCUAUUGAUCUACGCAAGGAAGUGCGGAUCAUGGACGAGAAUAUUGGUGUUUAUGAUAAGAAUGACGAUGGAGUGAUGAUAUUACCCAUCAGUGUUGAUCAAAAGAAUUCAACUUUAGGUGAGAAGAAGUUGAGACAUGAGAUGAAACAACUUUCAAGAAUAUUGAAAGAUGUGACCGAAGAGGAGGAGGAGGAAGAGGCUGAUAGUUCUGACGAGGAGGAAGUUAAGAAAGUGGAAGAGGAGGAAAAGAAGGGGGAUGAUAAAAUGGAUGAAGAUACUGAACUGAAGACAGAAGAAAUUAAGGAAGAGGAUGUCAACAAGGAAGAGAAUAAGAAAGAGAAUGAAGAGGAGGUUAAAAAGGAUAGUGUGGAUGAAAAAGAGAAAGAGGAGAGUCUUGAGGAAGGAAGCGUUGAUGAAAAGAAGGAGGAGGAGGAAAAUAAAAUAGACUCGGUAGAAGCACCUAUGGAUAUUGAUGUAGUUACUGGUGAUAUUACUGAACAAGAAGUUAAGAAAGAGGAAGAAGCAAAGGAGAAUGAUCCAGCUACUGAAUUGGAACAAAAUGGAGCUCCAGAAGAAGUUAAGGAAGAGUCUAACGAUAAAAUAGAAGUUUCCGAAGAACCAGUGAUACAAACAGAACUUAUAGAUCCAUUGGGAGAAGUUGAUGACCUUUUUGGCGACGCUGACGACAUUACAAUGGGCGACGUGAAGGCUGAUGAUGAUGAUGAUAUAGAUAUGUUAUUUUAG